UUCGAGAGGCGUGGCUACGCUGGGUACAGUAGCCAAUCGGAUGCGCGCGGUAGGCGGAGCCUCUUGUUCUAGAUUCGUCGUCUAUAAGCACACGUGACGCGCUGGAGUCGCAGGCGGAGUGCUGCAUCAGAGAGCACGGACUAUGGAGCUGAAGAUGCGGUUGUGUGUGGCUCUUCUCUCUCUGAGUCUCUGUCUGGGCCUCAUGGGUCAUGUGAGGGCGCAGGAGGAGGCCGAAGACAUGGAGAUGGACGUGGAAGAUGCCAUCGAUGACAUGCAAGCGGAAGAUGUUGAAGAAGAGGAAGAAAAAGCCCCCAGUCCCCCGCCGGUGCCCACGGUGACGUACAGAGCUCCAGAGCCGAUGGGAGAGCACUUCUUUGCCGAGUCAUUUGAUAAAGGAACACUUCAGGGAUGGGUUUUAUCCCAGGCCAAGAAAGAUGGCAUUGAUGAGGAAAUUGCAAAGUAUGAUGGUAAAUGGGAGGUGGAGGAGAUGAAGGACACUAAACUCCCGGGUGAUAAAGGGCUGGUGUUGAAAUCUAGAGCCAAGCAUCACGCCAUCUCUGCUCUCCUACUGCGACCUUUCACCUUUGACACCAAGCCACUCAUCGUCCAGUAUGAGGUGAACUUUCAGACCGGCAUUGACUGUGGCGGCGCGUAUAUUAAACUGCUGUCUCAAAGCCCUGAUCUUGACUUGGAGGAGUUUGUGGAUAAGACGCCGUACACCAUCAUGUUUGGGCCGGAUAAGUGUGGUGAGGAUUACAAACUGCACUUCAUCUUCAGACACAAGAACCCCAAAACCGGCGAGUUUGAGGAGAAGCAUGCUAAGAAGCCCGACUCUGACCUGCGCACAUACUACACCGACAAGAAGACUCACCUCUACACACUGGUGCUGAACCCUGACAACAGUUUUGAGAUCCUGAUCGACCAGACGCUGGUGAACAGCGGCAGUCUCUUGAAUGAUAUGACCCCCCCCAUCAACCCCCCGGCCGAGAUCGAGGACCCCGAUGACCUCAAACCAGAGGACUGGGAUGAGAGACCCAAGAUCCAGGACCCAGAUGCCGUCAAACCCGAGGACUGGGAUGAAGACGCUCCUGCUAAGAUUGCUGAUGAAGAUGCUGUGAAGCCCGACGGCUGGUUGGACGAGGAGCCGGAGUACAUCAGUGACCCCGAUGCCCUCAAGCCAGAAGACUGGGAUGAGGAUAUGGAUGGGGAGUGGGAAGCACCUCAGAUCCCCAAUCCUGUCUGUGAAACGGCCCCCGGCUGCGGCCCAUGGGAGAGACCAGUGAUCGACAACCCCAACUACAAGGGCAAGUGGAAGCCACCCAUGAUUGACAACCCUAAUUAUCAGGGAGUGUGGAAGCCCAGGAAGAUCCCUAACCCAGACUUCUUUGAGGACCUGCACCCGUUCCGAAUGACUCCAUUCAGCGCCGUCGGUCUGGAGCUCUGGUCCAUGUCCUCCGAUAUCUUCUUUGACAACUUCUUCGUCACCUCUGACCGUACUGUGGCCGAGCGAUGGGCGGCUGAUGGCUGGGGUCUGAAGAAAGCAGCUGAGGGAGCCGCUGAGCCCGGUCUGGUGAAUCAGAUGAUCACAGCUGCUGAAGAGAGACCGUGGCUCUGGGUCGUCUACGUCCUGACUGUGGCUCUGCCUCUGGUGCUCAUCAUUGUCUUCUGCUGCACUGGAAAGAAGAGCUCAGAGUCCACAUCUGCUGCCGAGUACAAGAAGACAGACGCACCACAGCCAGACGUGAAGGAGGAAGCCGAAGAAGAGGAAGAGGAAGCAAAGGAAGAAGAAUCAGAAGCAAAGAAGAGUGAAGAAGAGGAGUCCUCAGGAGAAGCAGAGGAGGCUGCAGGGAGUGACAGCAAAGACGACGGCGAUGCAUCUGAGAAACCAGAGGAUGACGUUCUGAGAAGGUCUCCCAGAAACAGGAAACUGAGAAAGGACUAAUGGACUUUCUGAAUCUGUUGAAAAGCGCAAAAGUUCCUCUCCUCAAGCGUAUCCCAGCAUCCCUCUCCUCCCGCUCCAUCUUUCCUCCCCUCACUCCCACGUCCCCUCCUUCCCUGUUCUUCUUCUCCAUCCUUGCCGCCGUGAUGAUGGUCAGAACGAACGGGUGCGGUCCGCCAAACAAACGUCUCCUCGAGUGGCCUUGAGGAUGUUGAUGGUCACCACCGUGAUGAGGGCUCUCAAAUAGCAUAGAAACUUUCCCCAUAACUAAAUAGGAAACCACAAUCUUUGUUACCAUUCCUGAACAGUGCAUCUGACGAUCGCAUAAAGAUCCUGUUCCUACUCUCAGCUGUCUCUCUCUCUCUCUCUCACACACACACUCAUUUCCAGACAGUGUUCCUGAAGCCUAACACAUGCCCACUCUUGGUAUUGUAAGGUUUACAGGCAAACAGCUUUAUUCCUUUGAUCUAGAAUUACUCAAGAAGCCAUAGGCAAUAGGAGAUCGAUUGGAUAUAUUCAUUAUAAACUGUAAGAUUUGCCUCUUGAUUGCUUGGAUAUACACCUAGGUUUUAACACACAAAUGAGAUGUUUUCCAUGAGGUUCAUCAUUAUGUGAUGGCGUAGACUGAGCGUCCAGUAAAAGGCCAGAGCGUGUCCUUCAUGCAGCCAGAUGUGGUGCAGGCGCUCAGUAAGGUGUCCAGGGAGAAUGCCAGGUAGAUUCGUAGGCUCUAGUGUACUGCCUUACCUGUAGGACACAAAAUUUGCUAAUAUUUUUUUGUUUCUGUGAAUGUACUGUGAGUUUUGUCUCUCUUUCUUUCUUUAUUUGUUUUUGCUAUUCAAUUGGACAUUUUACUAAAUCAUGGAUUGCUGUACAAAUGUGUUUUCUGGUCUUGAACUGAUGUAGAUCCUAACCUGAUCAGCCCAAUAACAGGACAAUUGACAGUU